AUGGCUUCUUCGAUGAUGCACUACUUCGGCUUCGGCAAGGAUGCUCCUCCUUCUGCCAAAGAGCAAGUUAAGGAUACUCCAGUUCGAGCCUUACCUGCGUCAUGGUACACCUCACCAGAGAUGUAUGAGCUGGAACGCCGUGCCAUCUUCUCCAAGAGAUGGCUUUUCAUCACUCACAGCAUGCGGGUCAAGAACACCGGUGACUGGCUUCGAUAUGAGAUUGCCGGUUUCGAUUUCAUCAUCACCCGUGACCGACAGGGCGAAGUGAAUGCCUUCCACAACGUCUGCAGACACCGGGCGUAUCCAGUCAUUGAACAGGAAGGCUCUGGAAACUCCAAGAUUCUGGCUUGUCGUUACCACGGAUGGUCAUACGGCCUGAACGGCAAGCUCGCCAAGGCGACUGGAUACAAGGACCUCGAUGGAUUUGACAAGAACCAGAACAACCUUUUCAGAAUUCAUGUGAAGGUCGACGUCAACGGUUUCAUCUGGGUGAAUCUCGAUGCAAAGGAAGUUCCCGAGGUUCCUUGGGAGGAACACUUCGAGAACGUCGACACACAGGAGCGAUACAAGCACUACAACUUUGAAGACUACGAUCUUGACCACUCCUACGAGCUCGAAGGCCACUACAACUGGAAGAUUCUGGCCGAUAACUUCAACGAAUGCUACCACUGCCCAACCACUCACUCUGACAUUCCCGAAUUCCUGAACCUCGAUUCCUUCGACAGUGACACUAAGGCUGGCCACAUCCAACACCACUGCGAGUCAACCCCCGAGCAGAUCGCCAAGGGCCUGUACACUGCCAGCACAUAUUACUUCCCCAUGUCAGCCAUGGUCGUGUCACCACACUUCAUAAUGGUCCAGAAGUUCCUCCCAAAGGCCGCCGACAAAUCCCAAAUGGCCUACGAAGUCUACCGAAACAGAAACUCUUCAGAGGAAGACUUCAAGCUCAUCAGUGAUAUGUAUGCCCGCGUCAUGGGCGAAGACAAAGUCCUCUGCACAAACGCCCAGAACAACAUCGACCGCAACGUCUUCACAAACGGCCAACUUCACCCUAAGUUCGAGAAAGCACCGCUUUUCUUCCAGAGCACAGUCCGAGAAGUCAUUACUGAACACUUUGAGCGUGAGAAGGCUGAGGGCCAUGAGGUCUGGCCUGCUAAGCCUAAGGUUCCUUGUGAUACGACAGUCAGUGAUAAGGAUGAGGCGCUUUGUGCUUCUCUUGCUUGUGGACCACAGAAGGAGAUUCUGGCUUGGUAA